GGCUGGGCGGCGGCGGCGGCGCGCACUCGCGUACACACACAAGCUCGGGCCAUGGUGGUGGUGGCGUCCGCGCAGAGCCCGGCGGCCGGGGCCCCGAAAGUGCUGCUUCUGUCCGGCCAGCCCGCCGCCGCCGCCGGAGCCCCGGGCGGCCGGAAUGUGCCGCUCAUGCUGCCGGGCCAGCGAGGGGCCAGCUCGGAGGCGGAGAGCGGGGGGCCACCCCUGGCGCGAAAGCGACAGCGCCUCACACACCUGAGUCCCGAGGAGAAGGCGCUGCGCAGGAAACUGAAAAACAGAGUUGCAGCCCAGACCGCCAGAGACCGAAAGAAAGCUCGCAUGAGCGAGCUGGAGCAACAAGUGGUCGAUUUGGAAGAAGAGAACCAGAAACUUCUGCUGGAAAAUCAACUUUUACGAGAGAAAACCCAUGGCCUUGUGGUGGAGAACCAGGAGUUAAGACAGCGCCUGGGCAUGGAUGCCCUGGCUACUGAGGAGGAGGAGGAAGAGGAGGAAGAGACCAAGGGGAAUGGAGCGAGGCCAGUGGCCGGGUCUGCUGAGUCCGCAGCACUCAGACUACGUGCAUCUGCAGCAGGUGCAGGCCCAGUUGUCACCCCUCCAGAACAUCUCCCCAUGGAUUCUGACAGUGUUGACUCUUCAGACUCUGAGUCUGAUAUCCUGUUGGGCAUCCUGUUCAACUUGGACCCAGUCAUGUUCCUCAGAUGUCCUUCCCCAGAGUCGACCAGCCUGGAGCAGCUCCCAGAGGUCUACCCAGAAGGACCCAGUUCCUUACCAGCCCCCCCUUCUCCAUCACUGGGGACGUCAUCAGCCAAGCUGGAAGCCAUUAAUGAACUGAUUCGUUUUGACCACGUAUAUACCAAGCCCCUGGUCUUAGAGAUGCCCUCUGAGACAGAGAGCCAAGCCGAUGUGGUAGUGAAAAUUGAGGAAGCACCUUCCAGCCCCUCAGAGAAAGAUCCCCCUGAAUUCGCUGUCUCCGUGAAGGAAGAACUUGUAGAUGACUUCAUUCCAGAGCUGGGUAUCCCAGAUCUCCUUUCAGCCGGCCACUGCCUGAAGCCAUCUUCCUGCCUCCUGGAUGCCUAUAGUGACUGUACAUAUGAGGGCUCCCCUUCCCCUUUCAGCGACAUGUCCUCUCUGCUUGGUGUAGACCAUUCCUGGGAGGACACCUUUGCCAAUGAACUCUUUCCCCAGCUGAUAAGUGUCUAAAGGAUGACCCAACGUUGCCCUUUGCCUUGAUUUUUACACUGCCUGGAAGAGAGCAGAGAAGCCUGUCUGUGCUUCAUUCAGAAAGCCAAAGUAGAAGAUGCACAGCAAAAUAUUUGUCUGUUAAACCUCACAGGUCACCCCAAGUAUUGUCUUUUGAGACAUUCAGCCGUCCCAAGGUACUCAGAUAUAGUGCUAUAUCCAGAAUUGCAGCUUUUGAGGUAGUAUCUUAAGGGCAGUGGUUUGCUCUAAAGUACUUACAAAGGGACCUCAGACAGGGAAUUUAUGAAUGGCCCUUUAUCAUUUCUCUUCCUUCUCAGCGUCCUAGGCCUGCCUCUGAUUUUUAGGGACUUUAGUUUGCUUCUGCAAGCAGAGAGAAACCUAGCUGAGGGGGCUCCUUUUCCCUCAUGAACAGUUCAAGUAAAGAUCAAGAAUCUUUUGUAAAGUUACAGAAAUUUACUAUGUAAAUGCUGAUGGAAUCUUUCUCUGCUAGUGUAUCUUUUGGAAGGUGCUUUCUUCAUUUAUUUAAAACUACCCAUGCAAUUAAAAAGUGCAAUGCA